GGGGAGGCCUACUGCGCAGGCGCAGCGGCUGGGCUCCGUCCGCCCCCGGCUUUCGGGCCCAGCUCUCGCGGACAAGUCCCGACAUCGCGCGCGCCCCCCCCCAACCUCCGCCCUCCGGGACCGCCCCCUCCCCCGGCUCGGCCUCGUCGGAGAUAAACAAUAGUUGGCUGGCGAGCGCCGAGGGUGCCUCCCGCCGCGGGGACUCGGCGGGCCGCGCGGGACCGGCGGGAUCGCGGCCAGCCGGCCAUGGCGGGGCUGUACUCGCUGGGAGUGAGCGUCUUCUCCGACCAGGGCGGGAGGAAGUACAUGGAGGACGUUACUCAGAUCGUGGUGGAGCCCGAGCCGGCGGCCGAAGAAGAACCCUCGCUGCGGCGAUCGCCCUCGCGGCCGCCGCCUCCGCCGCGGUCACCGCCGCCCCCGGCCGGCGGCGAAGUGUCGGGGAGAGGCGGCGCCGGGGCCGCCCGGGAGGCUCCCGCGGCGCCGCCGGACGCCGGGGCCUCGCCGGCUCCCGGCCGCUGCUGCCGCCGCCGCUCCUCGGUGGCCUUCUUCGCCGUGUGCGACGGGCACGGCGGGCGGGAGGCGGCGCAGUUCGCCCGUGAGCACCUGUGGGGUUUUAUCAAGAAGCAGAGGGGCUUCACGUCGUCCGAGCCGGCGAAGGUGUGCGCCGCCAUCCGCAAAGGCUUCCUCGCCUGUCAUCUCGCCAUGUGGAAGAAGCUGGCAGAAUGGCCAAAGACGAUGACAGGUCUUCCCAGCACGUCAGGGACAACUGCCAGUGUGGUCAUCAUCCGAGGCUUGAAGAUGUAUGUUGCUCACGUGGGCGACUCAGGGGUGGUUCUUGGAAUUCAGGAUGACCCCAAGGAUGAUUUUGUCCGAGCUGUGGAGGUGACGCAGGACCAUAAGCCGGAACUGCCCAAGGAGAGAGAGCGAAUCGAAGGGCUCGGCGGGAGCGUGAUGAACAAGUCUGGGGUGAACCGUGUGGUUUGGAAACGACCUCGGCUCACUCACAACGGACCUGUGAGGAGGAGCACAGUCAUUGACCAGAUUCCCUUUCUGGCAGUAGCCAGAGCACUUGGUGAUUUGUGGAGCUAUGAUUUCUUCAGUGGUGAGUUUGUGGUGUCACCUGAACCAGACACAAGUGUCCACACUCUUGACCCCCAGAAGCACAAGUAUAUUAUCUUGGGAAGUGAUGGACUUUGGAAUAUGAUUCCACCUCAAGACGCCAUCUCAAUGUGCCAGGACCAAGAGGAGAAAAAAUACCUGAUGGGUGAGCAUGGACAAUCUUGUGCCAAAAUGCUUGUGAAUCGAGCACUAGGCCGCUGGAGGCAGCGAAUGCUUCGAGCAGAUAAUACUAGUGCCAUAGUAAUCUGCAUCUCUCCGGGAGUGGACAGUCAGGGAAAUUUCACCAAUGAAGAUGAGCUCUAUCUGAACCUGACUGAUAGCCCUUCCUAUAACAGUCAAGAAACCUGCGUGAUGACUCCUUCUCCAUGUUCCACACCACCAGUCAAGUCCCUGGAGGAGGACCCAUGGCCAAGGCUGAACUCCAAGGACCAUAUACCUGCCCUUGUCCGUAGUAAUGCCUUCUCAGAGAAUUAUUUAGAAGUCCCACCUGAGCUAGCGCGAGGGAAUGUUCAGGCUGCAGUCAUAUCCUCAAAAGAUCCAGAGCCACUGGAAGAAAAUUGCACUAAAGCCCUGACUUUAAGGAUACAUGAUUCUUUGAAUAAUAGCUUGUCCGUUGGCCUGGUGCCUACCAAUUCAACAAACACCAUCAUGGACCAAAAAAAUGUGAAGAUAUCGACCCCAGGUCAAAUGAAAGCCCAAGAAGUUGAAAGAACCCCUCCGGCAAACUUCAAACGGACAUUAGAAGAGUCCAACUCUGGCCCGCUUGUGAAGAAGCACAGGCGGAAUGGUUUAAGUCGUGGUAGUAGCGCUCAGCCUGCACGCCUCCCCACAGCCUCCCAGCGCAAGAACUCUGUUAAACUUACCAUGCGACGCAGACUCAGGGGCCAGAAGAAAAUUGGAAAUCCUUUACUUCACCAGCACAGAAAAACUGUUUGUGUUUGCUGAAAUAUGUCUGGAAGUUUUUUCCAAACUUCUUAAGAGGGCUUUUUUGAAUUUGGUGCCGACGUUGAACUUUUUUUAAGGGGACAAAAUAAAAAUAGUAUGAGUUUGACUUUUUGGAAUUCAACAAUUUUAGCCUGGCCUUGUACUUGCUUGUAUUAUAAAUGUGAAUUUUGUAGAUGUUAGGGUGUAAGUUGCUGUAAAAUGUGUGUAAAUUUGUAUCCUUCACACAAACUCAGUCUCUUACUCUGAUACACAGUAAAUGUAACAACAGGGCUAAAGGUUUAAAGAAAAAAAGAAUCUAUUAGAUUUUAGAAGUACAUUAAAACUUUUAAAAAUGAUUAUUAAGAAAUUUGUAUGUCACUUGUGAUGAAAACUACACAACUUUUUAAAGUAAAUUAUUAAGCAAACUGGAAAAGUGAUGUAUUUUCAUAGUGACCUGUGUCCCACUUAAUGUUUCUUAGAGACAGCUAGUGUCUUUUUAAAAUUAUUUUUUAUUUCUAAUUUCAUAAUCCAGAACUAAAUUUUUCAUAGAAGCCGAAGUGUUGAACCAUGCAAAAGUAGCUGGGUGUUAGUCUCCUUGUCCUAAUUAAAAUACUAUGCAGUAUCUCUUAUUUCAUUUAGUAGCAUUUUUUCUAAAACAUUAACCAUCAGAUUUGCUCACCAGAUCUUUGAAGUAGAAGGAGGUAUGUUUGCCUAAAGAGAUGCCCUUUUCAAUCAUCCCAGACAUUCAGUGGCAUUAAUAAGUCUUAAAGUAGUUAUAUCCUCUUCUCGUGUUGGAUAAAAUAUGUGAAGUUUUUCUUGCUAUUUCAAUAAUGGAUGGUGCUGCUAAUUCCCAACAUUUCUUAAAUUAUUUUAUAUAUCGUACAGUUUUCAUUGAUUAUAUGGAUAUGUUUGUUCAUCUAAUAAAUCAGUGAACUGUUA